CCCCCCCCCCCAAUGAUGCGUCAAACUUGAAAACCGGACCUACGGCAGCAGAAAUCUCUGUUUCUGCUGGGGCGUUUGGAUAAUUCAGUGUCAAUGCAUGGUACGGUAUCUUGAGAGUCCCCGACUUUAUGUCCGUGCAGUAGCCCUGGGUGGGAACACCGGCCCGAGAUUUUUCAAAAUGAGAAUUUCACGUGCAUGCUGUCCAUGCAGGUCUCGAGAUUUCCAUCAUGGUUACACUUUGGUUAAAUGUUUCUCCAGGAGAAGCCUCGGGAUAAGUUCAAGCCCUAACAACUAGCAGAACCAGGGUGGACUAGUACUCACUCCUACCAUGUCCAAGCUCUUUUCCUUUUACAAAGACUCCCUCAGGCAGAGACCGUUAGUGACAAACAUUAUAACCACUGGUCUGUUGUCCGGCUUGGGUGACGUUAUUGCCCAGAAAGUAUUCCCUCCUGAGGAUGCCUGUGAUUUCCCCAUUCCUGGCACGCUGUCUGUGUCUGUAUCACCAGAAGAGGAACGGAACCUGAGCUUUAACUAUGCGAGACUUGGCCGUGCGAUGCUAUACGGCGGUUUCGUCUUCGCGCCGAUCGCUGACAAGUGGUUUAGGACGUUAAACAAGAUCCAGGUUCCUGCUUCGACAUUCCGUACCAUAGGUAUCGUACCGACCCCUAAGAUCACAGCCGUGGUGAAUACCAUCUCCAGAGUCUUUGUCGAUCAGGCCAUCUUUCCGACCGUCAUUUCUGUGCCAAUUUAUUACACUGCGUUGACAUUAUUGGAGCAUAAAUCCUUCGAGGAAGCAAAGAAGAAGUUGCGACUCAACUACUGGCCGACCUUGACGACUGCCUGGACUGUAUGGCCCACCAUACAGUUGUUCAACUUUGGGUUUGUCAAGGUGGAAUACCGACUCUUUGUCAUCAGUACUGUGAGCUUGGGCUGGAACUGUUACCUCAGUUUCAUGAACGGAAAGAAAGCACCGGAAAAGCACGUCCCUGUACAAUUCCCCUGAUCAUGGAAUGGAACUGUUUAGGUGGUGGGCCAAUUAUGUGACUCAUAGCGGCUAUAAAGUUCGGUUCAAAGCUGCAGGUAGGUAUAUUCUGGUAGAUUCAGGGGCGAUCAACGCAGCAUCGGACGCUUAUCCAAUCGCCUGAGAUGUAAAUAACGCAUCACUGUCCAAUUGGGUUACUUUUAUAGAUCCACUGAGGGUGGUCCUAUAGAACAGAAUACUAGAAAUGCAAUGGUGCUGGAAUAAUCUAAAACACGUGUGUGUU